UCUUACUCCUUCACCUCUCGGCCUCCAUAUUCAAUUACUUCCUUUCCCAAUAUCACUCCUCAUACACCAUGAGAAACAUAGUUUCUCGCAAGCUAGAGGUGAAUGAGGUGUAUGAUCCAACAAUAAGUCUAAUCGAUGCUUGGGUUCGCAUCCGAGAAUCAACUAUAGCCCCAAUUCUAAAAAUUGCAAUUUACAUAUGCAUAGGCAUGUCUAUCAUGCUGUUUCUUGAACGUGUUUACAUGGCUAUUGUGAUUGUAUGUGUUAAAUGCCUGGGUAAGAAAAGAUACACUAAGUACCAGCUAGACGCCAUAAAAGAAGAGCUAGAGAAGAAGAGAAACUACCCAAAAGUGCUGGUUCAAAUCCCUAUGUUUAAUGAAAAGGAGGUGUAUAAGCUGUCUAUUGGAGCAGUGUCUGGGAUGUCAUGGCCAUCAGAUUGCCUCGUUGUGCAGGUUCUGGAUGACUCAACCAAUGAAGUCUUAAGGGAAAUGGUUGAAUUAGAGUGCCGAAAAUGGAUGGAGAAAGGUGUUAAUAUUAAGUAUGAGACAAGGAAUAACAGGAAUGGCUACAAGGCUGGUGCCCUUCGAGAAGGUCUAAAGAAGGAAUACGCUGAGGAUUGUGAAUUUGUCAUAAUAUUUGAUGCUGAUUUUCAGCCAGAAGAAGACUUCCUCUGGAGAACUAUUCCCUACCUACUUGAAAACCCAGAGUUGGGCUUGGUUCAGGCUAGGUGGAAAUUUGUGAAUGCAGAUGAAUGUUUGAUGACUCGCCUCCAAGAGAUGUCAUUAGACUAUCAUUUCAGUGUUGAGCAAGAAGUGGGAUCUUCAACAUGUUCAUUCUUUGGAUUCAAUGGAACUGCUGGUGUUUGGAGGAUGAGUGCACUCAAUGAUGCAGGGGGAUGGAAAGACAGGACCACAGUUGAAGACAUGGACCUUGCUGUUAGAGCUAGCCUCAAAGGUUGGAAGUUCCUCUUUGUGGGUGACCUAUCGGUCAAAAAUGAAUUGCCAAGUACAUUUAAGGCUUACAGAUAUCAACAACAUCGUUGGUCAUGUGGCCCAGCUAAUCUCUUUAGGAAAAUGUUCAAGGAAAUUGUUACUUGCGAGCGAGUAUCAAUCUGGAAGAAAUGGCAUGUGAUCUAUGCAUUUUUCUUCGUAAGGAAGAUAAUAGCCCAUUGGGUUACCUUUUUCUUUUACUGCAUUGUCAUCCCAGCAACCAUAUUAGUUCCAGAAGUUCAUCUCCCAAAGCUGCUAGCUAUUUAUCUCCCAGCAGCCAUUACCCUUCUCAAUGCAGCUUCCACUCUAAGGCAUGAAGUUACAAAUAAGCAAAAGCAAAAAUUAGUUGUCACCUUAUUACGAUAUACCUUCAGAUUAAUUGUUGGGAGUUUCCACUUACUUUGUCACAGGUCCAUCCACCUUCUUGUGUUCUGGAUACUGUUUGAGAAUGUCAUGUCUCUCCAUAGAUCAAAAGCAACCAUAAUAGGACUCUUCGAAGCCAACCGAGUUAAUGAAUGGGUUGUGACUGAAAAGCUAGGGAAUACAAUGAAGCAGAAGUACAAUACCAGGGCACCCAAGAGGCCAAGAUCACGCAUCAGAGAAAGGGUUCAGGUAUUGGAGCUGAUUGUGGGGGUAUACCUUCUACAGUGUGCGAUAUACAACAUCAUAUUCGGGAACAACCAUUUUUUCAUUUAUUUGCUGCUACAGGCAGGUGCGUUCUUUAUUGUUGGAAUAGGAUACGUUGGAACAUUUGUAGCCAAUUGAAGAUGAUAAUGGGAAGGAGGAGGUCGGAGGAGAUUGCAUGUUACGGAAUCUGAUCACUACCUGAUAUAUAGUAUUAAGCAAUGCUAGUUUUCCUAAUUGUCAAUCUUUCAAAAUGCAGAACAUCCACAUUGAUGUGUAUGUGCGUGUGUGUAUGUUCAGUAAGGCCAUAUGAGACCUUGUCUCUGCACUGUUUAUCUUUAUAUCAUAUAGUCACCAUUAAUUAUAGAAAAGCUCCUCAAUUAGUGAA